AAGACCAACUUCAACCUUAUCCACCAUCUCGCCCUACAACGGAUCGCUCAUCUUCCUAAGACACCAGCAGCAUCUUGAGACCAACAUCACCUCAAGCGCAGGUUGUGGAGACGAUCAGAAUGAGUCCGACGUUGGUGUUGUUACUCCUCUCCUUGUCUGGCCUAUCAUGGGCUUUCAUCGCCAAACAGCCGCCGACUCUUCAAGCUUCAGUGCCAUCAGGCAAUGGCCAGGGAGCAUCUUUAGCGGGACGCGACAUCCAGAACAUUCUACCAGCUCAAAGCCGCAGACAGGAAAGGGAAUCAGCGGAACGCGUCAUCGCAGACAUUCUACCAGCUCGAUCCGGUUCUGGUGAGAAGCGUUCAUCAGGAGGCGGCAGAGCGGUAGGAUCGUCAGCGGAGCGCGUCAGCCGUACUUCCUCUGACUGAACGUAAGCCUGACAUCCCGACUGUCUUGUGAGGAUCAUUUGACACACCUAACUUGAGAUAUCGACUACAUCACACGAUCUCUUCCAAAUAUUCCAAUCAAGUUCCAAAUCGAAACUGUAGCUUUCCGUGUGGCCAUUAAACUAACUGAAACUACAAAUGGCGGGAGUCUGGCAGCACUGUCCAUGUCAGCUUUACAAUGGUACAACGUUUACCUUGUGUACUGAUCGGUGACUUUUAAAUUUGGAAGUAUGGUCUAAUAAAAAUGUGCACUUCA